AUGUCGACGUGGGGUGAACACUUCCGAGUCACCACCUAUGGUGAAUCGCACUGCCGCUCGGUCGGCUGCAUUGUCGACGGAGUCCCUCCUGGCAUGCAACUCACCGAAGACGACAUCCAGCCUCAGAUGACCCGUCGCCGUCCCGGCCAGAGUGCCCUGACUACCCCGCGGAACGAGAAGGACCGAGUCGAGAUUCAAUCAGGCACAGAGUUUGGCAUUACACUGGGUACGCCCAUUGGCAUGCUGGUCCGCAAUGAGGACCAGCGCCCCAAGGAUUACGGCGGUAGCACAAUGGACCUGUACCCUCGUCCCAGCCAUGCCGACUUCACCUACCUCGAGAAGUACGGCGUCAAGGCCAGCAGCGGUGGUGGCCGCAGCAGUGCCCGUGAGACCAUUGGUCGUGUCGCCGCCGGUGCCAUCGCUGAGAAAUACCUGAAACUCUCCCACGGCGUCGAGAUCGUCUGUUUCGUCUCCUCCGUCGGCAACGAGCACCUCUACCCCCCAACCCCCGAACACCCCACCGCCUCCACAAACCCUGAAUACCUGAAGCUCCUCGAGACCAUCACCCGCGAAACUGUUGACCAGUAUGCCCCCGUCCGCUGCCCCGACACCGCCGCCUCGGAGCGCAUGACCAAGGUCAUCGAGAAGUUCCGCGACAACGCCGACAGCAUUGGCGGAACCGUCACCUGCGUCAUCCGCAAUGUCCCCGUCGGCCUUGGCGAGCCCUGCUUUGACAAACUGGAAGCUAAGCUCGGCCACGCCAUGCUCAGCAUCCCCGCCACCAAGGGCUUCGAAAUCGGCUCUGGUUUCGGCGGCUGCGAGGUCCCAGGCUCCAUCCACAACGACCCCUUCACUAGCGUCUCUUCUUCCGACGGCACCCAGCGCCUGGCCACCAAGACCAACAACUCCGGCGGCAUCCAGGGUGGUAUCUCGAACGGUGCCUCGAUCUACUUCCGCGUCGCCUUCAAGCCUCCGGCGACUAUCGGCCAGGCCCAGUCGACCGCCACCUACGGUUUCGAAGAGGGUGUUCUGGAAGCGAAGGGCCGUCACGACCCCUGCGUCGUGCCCCGUGCCGUCCCCAUCGUCGAGGCCAUGUCCUCUCUCGUCAUCAUGGAUGCCCUCAUGGCUCAGUAUGCGCGUGAGAGCGCGAAGAACCUCCUCCCGCCGCUGCCUUCGACCCUGCCUACCAAGCCGGCGACUGCUCCCAAAGGUGCUCCCGCCUCGUAG